AUGGCAACUCAGUACGACGCGAUGGUAAUUGGAUCCGGCCAAGGAGGCGGGCCACUGGCUCAAGAAUUCGCCAAAAACGGUAAAAGGACGGCGUUGAUCGAAUCGACUCAUGUUGGAGGCACAUGCAUUAACGAUGGCUGUACCCCAUCCAAGACCAUGGUUGCGAGCGCGAGGAUUGCCCAUCUAGCGUGCCGUGCGCCGAGCUAUGGUGUCCAGUUCAAGAGAAGCAGCCUGAUGCUCAACAUGGAGACGGUCCAAAAGAGGAAACGCGACAUCGUUGACAGUUUCCGCACAGGAAGCGAAAAUCGGAUAAAAAGCACCACAAAUCUUGACUUGAUCAUGGGCACGGCCAAAUUCACAGGCCCCAAAACCGUCGAAGUCACGCUGGCCAAAGCCAACUCGGAAGAAAAGGAGACAUUGACGGCGGACCAAAUCUUUAUCAAUGCUGGCUGCUCGCCGGCGAAGUUGAAGGUCAAGAACGCAGACACCAUAACAGGCAACUUGCUCAAUUCGACAACCAUCAUGGAACUGGGCGAGGUGCCUCGACAUCUCGUCAUCGUCGGGGGAGGCGCCAUCGGCUGCGAAUUCGCCCAGAUGAUGAAACGGUUCGGAACCCGUGUCACCCUCGUCCAGCGCGCCGACCGACUGCUGCCGCGCGAAGAUCCCGACGUGUCUGAGGAAAUCCGCAAGAUCUUCGUCGAGGCCGGCAUCGACGUGUACCUGAGCGCGCAGAUACGGGAAGUCUCCAACGUCACGCUCCAGCAGAUCGUCGUGUCCUUGACGCUGAGCGACGGUAGCGUCAAGUCCCUGCUCUGCUCACACGUGCUGGCCGCCACCGGACGGACCCCGAACACGGCCGCAUUGAACUUAUCGACCGCCGGUGUCGAAGUCGACGCCAACGGCUUCAUCAAAGUCGACGAGCACCUGCAGACCACGAACCCCAAUGUCUAUGCGCUAGGUGACAUCAAAGGCGGGCCGCAGCAGACACACGUCUCGUACGACGAUAUGCGCGUGCUACGACACAAUUUAAUCACGCACGUCAAUACCGGCGAGCGCGCGAGCAUCCAAGGCCGCCUCGUUCCGUAUACUGUCUUCAUCGACCCGGAGCUCGGGCGUGUCGGCGUGAGCGAGACAGAAGCGCGCGAGAGUUUCCCGAACAGAAAGAUCAAAGUGGCGAAAAUGCCCAUGGCGUACGUGGCUCGCGCGCUCGAGACGGAUGAGUCCAAGGGGUUCAUGAAGGCUGUCGUCGACGCUGAGACUAAGGAGAUUCUGGGCUUUGCGUGUUUGGGCAUUGAGGGUGGCGAGAUCAUGUCUAUGGUCCAGUUGGCGAUGAUGGGCGGGCUGACGUAUGAUGAGUUGGAGAAUGCGAUGUUUGCGCAUCCAUGUUUGUCGGAGAGUUUGAAUAAUCUUUGGGAGUUUUUGGGGUGA